UUCUGCCAACCCCCGCGUGCUUUAUGACAGGAAAAAGCAGGAAAAAGCUUACCAAGCUUGAUCCAUUUUUCACGUGUACGUGCCGCGAUGACUAAUAAAAUGCCAACUAGAUUAGAAAUACUAUAAAAAUGCCGAGCUAGCUAGAACAUUUCAAUAUUUCAAAUAGCUUUUUAACACCAACUAUUUGAACUUCAUCUUCACCGCGGCAUUGCAGCCUCAUACUGACUAAGCAAUUUUCUUAAUAUAAGACUAAAAGAGAAAAAAGAAUCCCGACAUUGUGUUGUCUUCGAAAUUGAGCUUCUCCAUGAAUUUUUACUAUCUGGCGAACAAAUAUUAACGUAUUACUGAGAUCAAAGGAGAAGGAUAUAUAAGAUCGAUAAUAGUUCUUUACCUAUUUUUUGCUUGCACUCGAGCUCAACACACACAUCUAUCGUUCUACUAAAAACACUGCAACCCUUAUUAACAUUUUAAAGAUCAGGGCUAAGGUGUUUGACUCUUCUUGAAAUUUAAAUUGAAAAUUAAACUUUCGACUUUCACAAAGAUUUGCUGGUGAACGAGGGGUCCGGUGAAAAGUCUUUGCGUUCACAUAACUAAAACUUUAUUGGAAGCUUUCUAAUGAAUACACCAAUUGCGGGCUACGAAAUCGCACCACAGGACCGGGAAACUGUUAACCCAGAAGUACUGUGUAGCAAGUGUAAGAACAUUGUAAGGAACGCCCUACAAACACCAUGUGGACAUCGGUAUUGUGCGGAUUGCCUGGAGAGUGAAUUUAUCAAAGGACAAGCAAGUUGUGAAAUCUGUAACAAAGGUCUGACGCGAGGCAAGGUUUUCAGGGACAAGUUCUGCGAUCGUGAAAUACAAAAUUUAAUCUUGUUUUGCAUCUACUGUAUCUUUGGCUGCAAGUGGAAAGGAGAAUUACGACAUCGUGGGGAGCAUCAGAAAACUUGUGAGUUUGCACCAAUCAGCUGUAUCAAUCCCAAAUGCGACAAAAAAAUUCCGAGAAGCAAUCUAGCUGCCCACCUUCAGGAUGAAUGCUUGUACAGAGAACUUGCUUGUUCGUAUUGCGGACAACCAUACGUGGCAGCCUUCGCCAAGGAGCACGAAAAAGCAUGUCCGGCUAUUCCAACAAUCUGUCCCUCGUGCGGCAAAGAAUUUCUUCAAUCUGAGCUUAAAAAGCAUCGUGACACAAGCAAUCCCGACGUCUGUGAAGUUCUUGAGGCAUCAUGCCCCUUUGUGGCUGCUGGAUGUAAAAUAGACAAGCCCAUGAAACGUCAGGAGAGAAAAGCUCACAUGGAGAAAAACACCGACAAACACCUGAAUCUGCUCUUAUCAAAGGUACUUGCUUUAUCAUCAUAUCUAGAUGGCUUACUCCCCGGGAUGAGAAGCGGAAGCAAAAAUGGUAAAUUGAUCCCAGGAUUAAGAGAAAUGCAAGAUCAAUUGUUCACUGAAAUUACCACCUACAAGCAAGAGCUGGAAAGUAGAAUACAGCAACUGGAGGGCAAAACAAACGCCUUAAGCUAUGCCUCACUAUCGCCUUCACCUUAUGGCAACGGAGCUGGAGUAAGUGAUUUAGUGCGACGUUUAGAUAAUAGCGAUGCGAAAAGCGCCAGUCAUGACCUGUUAUUAAACGAAGCGCAUGCUACUAUAGCAGAAUUAAGACAAGAAUUAGCAAAAGCGAACCAAAAGGUAGAAAGAGCAGAAGAAAACGUUAGAAAACUAGAAAAUCGCCUAGCAGAGCAAGAACAGCUUGCUGGGCUCCGUAACCUCGCAAUCGCCGACCUCGAGGAAAAGUUCAAAGAUAGUUUUGGUUGUAGCUACGAUGGAAUCAUGUUGUUCAAGAUCACUCAAGUCGCUAGGAAACGCGCUGAUGCUGUAAGUGGACGCCAAAUCUCAUUCUACAGUCCUGCGUUCUACACCGAUCCCCAUGGAUACAAGAUGUGCGCGCGAAUAUACUUGAAUGGGGAUGGCAUGGGCAAAGGAUCGCAUAUUUCAUUGUUUUUUGUGGUCAUGCGUGGCGAGUACGAUGCGCUCCUCCAAUGGCCGUUCAGGCAGAAGGUUACGAUGAUGCUAUUGGACCAAGACAACGAGGAACACGUGAUCGACGCCUUCAGGCCCGACCCAAGCAGCAGCUCUUUUCAGAGACCAAGAGGAGAGAUGAACAUCGCUUCGGGGUGCCCUCUCUUUUGCCCCCACAGCGAACUACAAAGACAUGCUUAUAUAAGAGACGAUACUAUGUUCGUAAAAAUCAUCGUCGACCGACCGGACUGGAAAUGACAUUCCUGAAGGCGACUGUUACAGAUAUUUGCUGUUGCUCUGGCUUUCAGCUGUUGAUUUUUUCGACUUGGUUUACGGCACUAAAGCAAUUGCUUAAUACGCUUGCUGAAGCACUUGUCUUAAUAUUUCGUUUUCAAGAGAGUGUUAUAAAACUGGUUUUGGUCCAGUUGUCUCGCAUUGAUUUCUUAGUGAAGUUUGUUCACACGAGGUGUCUCACUUUGACUACCCAGGCGAACAAACCCCUUCUCGGCAAAUUCCAUCCAAAUGUUUGGAUUUUGCAUUUUUGGAUUUUACGGUUGUGGAUACCUAGGUAGACCUCAUGUAAUAUCUCAGCUCUAAAGCUUUUACAGUUUUAUAAUUGACGUAUAUUAUGAGAGGUUUGCUUAGGAAUAAGCUAACAGAAUCGCAGUCAAUCGACACGUUGCAAACUGAAAAAAUUGUUGCAAAUUGUACGUCUGAUUAACGUCGUCGAUGGCAUAAGAAUUACGGGGGACUGAAAUGGAUAUAUGGAUGCCCGUGGUUUUUGAUGUUUGAAUUGAAAUAAGCCAUUUGCAUGAUAAAGACAUUCUAAUACCAUUACCAAAGUGCUUCGCAAAGUCCGCAAAGGAUUUUGGUAGUUGUUAAURACGUUUAUGAAUCAAAAUCCCAGAACUACAAUUAGCCAUAAUGCGAAUGUGCUAUUGCAGGGAGAAGUAACGUAGGAAAACUUGUGUUGACCUUUACUCUUUUUUUUCGUUUUACAUACACCUACUUGCAAGAACGUUAGAAAAUAGAACAUUAGUUAUUUAGUGGGAUAGGGAUUAUAUUACUGCGAUUCCCAGUCACACGCGACCAACUAGACCUUCAUCAAAAACGAAAAAUGGAAUUUGGGUGGACGUCAAUCAAAAGGGUUUCUAUCGUUUCUAUUGGUUUCUACACCAGGACUGAUGUGAAUACUCACGUGAACACGUGCAAAUGUGCAAAAAYCKUUGUCYUUAUCUCAUGCUUCUUGUCGCUGUGAAUUUCUCACUCUGGAUAUAUUUUCUCAAAAAUGUCACAGGAUUCCGGCUCCGAAUCUUAACGCUUGAUUGCAAAGCUAUCGCUAUGGCUAUGAUUUGAGUUUCUUCAAGAUAGGAUAAGUCAAUACUGACAGUUUGCAGUCAAACGUUUGAAAUUCGGAGUCGGAAUCCUUAGGCAUGUUUAAGAAACCCUUUUGAUUGACGUCCACCAAAACUCAAAUUUUCGUUUGUGAUUUUGGUCUCACUUGGUCGCGUGUGACUUGGAAUCGCAGUGAAAAAAACAAAAGAAGAUCACUGAAGCUGAACUUUUUCGUUUGUCUUUUAAUGGAAUCCUUACUCACUAAAUUACUAAUGUUCUAUUCUUGUAUGACAACCUUCUUGCAAGUAGGUGUAUCUGACGUCUUACAUAUCUGAACAUUAUAAUUCAAAAUUAGGAUUAUAGUAUAUUGAAUAUCUUAUCUAAAUAAAUACUAUAUUAGUAUUAUUAUCUAGGCAUUGUUUUUGAACAACUCAAUUUCGAAUGAGUUCCGAUCCCUCGAGGAAUGGAUGGCAAAAAAUCUUUAAAAUUCUAAUUAUUAACUAUCAAUUUUUAAUUUUUAAGAUGUUUCUCGUAGAUUUUGUCGCAAGAAACGUUUAGAAUCAGAUCUUUUGCCAUCCAACUUCAGUCUGUAGACAGCUUUAUAUAUUGAAGAAAUAUAAAACCUGCGCGCGUGAAUCCUGCAUAACCUCCUCCUUGGGCUUCCUGUGGCGAGGACAAAAAUGCUCUCUUCAUCUCUUGUUCCUAUUUCUUCUCUGCCAUAAAAUAUAACACAGGGAUCCCAACAGAGAAUAUAUGGGGUAGCCUGAGGAUACAGUUAACUUUUGCAAAUGAUUUGCUCUUGAAAACCUUUGCAGAUGAGUAUGUAGUACAACACAGCGGUAUUUUUUGAAAAUGAAAAGAGAUUAUUAGACUAAAGUGAUACUGUUACUAGUUCAUCAUCUUUCAAUUUUCGUUUCGACUUUUAAUCUUGGAGUAGUUUUAGUAUUAGUUAAAAAGAUUUUGUUUCCAUUGUUUUGUUUAAUGUCUGCAGUAUGAUUGAUCAUUAGAUAUUAUGGAGUGAAUUUUUGUCUCGCUAUUUCUGAAUAUGAAAAAUACUUCAAGCGAUAGGUUAAUAAAAAUGUCACUUAUAGCUUUAUCGAUAUUUAAUAUUAUAUUUGCAUUAAGUAGUUUUAAUAAGCUAAUAGCAUGGUUCUUUCGGGAUCUUGGUUCUUUAGGGAUCUUGGUAACUAAAUGUUUCUUUAUCGAUAUUUAAUAUUAUAUUUGCAUUAAGUAGUUUUAAUAAGCUAAUAGCAUGGUUCUUUCGGGAUCUUGGUUCUUUAGGGAUCUUGGUAACUAAAUGUUUCCCUCUGCCACGGAUGAGUUUAAAAAAAGGCCCUCGCUUACAACGUCGGGAUUCCCGGCAGCGUUACAUCGGCUUUCAAAUUUUUUCGGGACAUUUUUCAAAUCACUAAUAUCCCUCAGAACCAUGCUAUUACGGCUUAUAAUUAUGAUGUUAUUAUUCACUACUAGUAGUUGGUUUUAUUUAGCUGAAUAAAAGGAUUAUAAGAUAUUCA